CCACAUCCGGGUAACAGCGGUAACAACGUGCAACGUGCUCCUCACUUCUUUAUACUGUAGUUUUUGUGAUAACGAACCUUGGUUAUGCCCUUAAUAGUGAUGUGCGGUUACCCUUGUAGUGGUAAAACACAAAGGGCAGAAGAACUGAAGAAGUAUUUUGAAGACGGCACCGACCGAAAAGUCCAUAUUGUUGGAGACGGAGUCCUGGGCGUUGAAAGAAACGGUGUUUACGCAGAUUCUCAAAAGGAAAAAAAUGUCAGAGCAUCUCUGAAAGCUGAGGUAGAGAGGAAGGUCAACAAGGAUGACAUCGUAAUUUUGGACUCAUUAAAUUACAUAAAAGGUUACCGCUAUGAGCUUUUCUGUCUCAUCAAACAUGCACAGACACCACAUUGCCUGGUAUACUGUUUAACAUCAAAUGAACAGAGCUCAUUAUGGAACAUGAGCAGAGAUGCGGCUGAGCAGUACAGCCAGGACAUCUUUGAUGCAUUAGUCCAGAGAUUUGAAGCUCCUGACUCCAGAAACAGAUGGGACAGUCCUCUCUUCACUAUCCUGAAAGAUGACACUCUUCCAUUUGAAGCUUUAUCUGAUGCAAUUUUUAAAAGAAAAGCUCCCCCACCGAACCAGUCUACUCAGAGUCAACCUUUGUCUUCUGCAAACUUCUUGUAUGAAUUGGACAAGAUCACACAAGAUGUGUUAAUGGCCAUUUUUAAUGCUCAGAAGACAAGCGUUCCCGGGGAUCAGAUCUCAGUUCCAGGAGCUACAGAAAAGGUGGAGCUCACCAGGAACAUCAACAUGGCAGAGCUGCGGAAACUACGACGCCAGUUCAUCAGCUACAGCAAGAUGCAUCCAACAGAGAACACCGGGCAGAUAUCCAACAUGUUUGUUCAGUAUUUAAAUAAGAGUUUUCAUUGAAUUUGUAAAGCAUUGAUACUUGCUAUUAUAUUUCUGUGGCAAAUAAAGAUAUUUAAAUAUUUA